AUGAAACCUAUACUUGUUACUGUCUUCGUACUGUGUGUGGGUCUGGGAGCAAUUCUAGCCAGACCUGAACCCGAUGGCGAUAAUAGUGGUGGUGGCAAUAAUACCAACGGCGGCGGCGGCGGUGGUGGUGGCGGGCUUUUUGGCCACGGAGGUUUAUUUGGCCACGGAGGUUUAUUUGGCCGCGGCGGUCUGUUUGAAGUCGGUGGUACUUUUGGCGGUGGCGGUCUCUUCGGCGGUCUUUUAGCAGGCCUUUUCGGAAAAGAGCCCUUGUGUCUAGGUGUUAACAUAUUCUGUACACAGCAUUCACAAUGUUGUAACAGAAAUUGCAGAGUAAAUUCCAAACCAAUUUCCAAUAGCAUCUGUGUAACUCAAGCAUGCAAAGAAGCAGCUUCUCAAAUCUUGAAGGAUAUGGAUCCAAAGGUAUCACCGUGCGAUAACUUUUACAAAUUCGCUUGUGGAAACUUUUUAAAGACUACAGUGAUUCCUAAAGGUGAAACAUAUGUUGACAAAUUUAGUCUCGCGAGUAAGAAACUUGAACAGAAAUUAAGAAGUGCCAUUGAAGAGGAAAUUGGACCUAAUGAACCAAAGGCAUUUAGACUGGCAAAGAACUUUUAUAAAACUUGCAUGAACACAGUAUUAGCUGAAUUGAAGGCAGUAGGUGGUUGGCCUGUUUUGGAGGGGAAAUCGUGGAAGCCUGAAGCAUUUGAUUGGCUACAAGCGGUAUCUAAACUCAGAAAAUCUGGAUAUGCAACAGAUUACUUUUUCUCUUACGGCAUUGGAGUUAAUUUAAAGGACAAUACGAAACGAGCAAUUUAUAUCGACCAGACACCCCUUGGUCUGCUACGAGAAUAUUUAAUACAAGGCUUCAACAAUCCAGUGGUCAAGGCUUACUACAGAUAUUCGGUCGACAUUGCUGUUAUGUACGGUGCAAACAGAGCUUUAGCUAAAAAAGAAUUGAAGGAAACCCUUAAGUUCGAAAUGAAACUCGCUAAAAUUUCUAUUCCAGCCACAGAUGAAAGGGAUGUAACUGGAAUAGCUACUCAAAUGACCGUUAAGGAGCUCGCACGAAAAUAUUCAACUAUAAACUGGAUUACAUUGUUCAAUGCAAUUCUCUCGCCGAUUCUUCAGGUCGACGAUAAUGAACUGGUAAUAGUGAACGUGCCUGUGUUUUUCGACAAAUUUCAAAAGCUGAUUGAGGUAACUCCAAAGAGGGUUCAGGUCAAUUACUUUUUACAACGAGCUGUCGAUGAGAACAUCAAUUACCUGACAGAUGAAAUUCGAAGCCGAAAAAUUCAAUUCUUAAAAGAGGUCAGUGGUGGUGAAACUGAAGCCGCUCCAAGGUGGUCAGAGUGCUUUGAUAUGACAAUUCAAAGUCUAGGUUUAAGCGUUAAUGCUCUCUAUAUCCGAAAAUAUUUCAACCAAGCUUCCAAGCAAAGUGCAGUCGAAAUGAUCAACAAUAUUGCGAAACAGAUGAUAGAGCGUCUAAGAGAGGCCGAUUGGAUGGACGCGAAUACAAAAAAAAUGGCUUUGGAGAAAGCUGAGGGUUUAAAGAGCUAUGUUGCUUAUCCUGAUGAAUUUCUCGAUGACAAGAAACUUGAAGAAUACUUUAAAGGCCUGGAAAUAACUCCAACAAAUUACCUUGCAGUAGCUGCAAAUGUGUCAAUUUAUCAGCAGGAAUAUUCCUUUCGACAACUUAGGAAACCAGUCAACAAUUUUGACUGGUCCAAUACCAGUAAUGCCGCUGUCAUAGACGCUGCCUAUCACCUUGAGGAGAACAGCAUGGAACUUCCUGCUGGAAUUCUGCAAGACAAUUUCUUUGGUAAGGACAAGCCUCAGUAUCUUAACUACGCUGCAAUUGGCUCGAUUAUUGCACACGAAAUUACGUAUGGAUUUGGUGAUGAGGGUAGUCAAUUUGAUAAAAAUGGAAACUUGUUAGAUUGGUGGAGCCAGGAAACUAAAAAAAAAUAUCUUACGAAAGCUGAUUGCAUUAUUAAACAGUAUGGAAAUUAUACUGCUAAAGAAGUCGGAUUGCAAUUAAAUGGUUACAAUACGCUAAUUGAAAACAUUGCCUACAACGGAGGAAUCAAAGAAUCAUAUUUGGCCUAUCAAGAAUGGGUGAGGCAAAACGGCCUCGAACCCAAAUUACCUGGAUUGAAAUAUACACCAGCGCAACUUUUCUGGAUCAAUGCAGCUCAAACUUGGUGUACUAUUCACAAACCAGAGGAAUUAAAAUUCAUCAUUACAAAUGACAUUCAUAUUCCUGCAGAAUUCAGAAUUCUGGGACGACCUACUGGCUCAACGAGUAAAGUAAAGGAACAAGAGGAGGUAGCUCUACCUGCAUCUGCAUUACUGACUGCCGCGGAUCAGUUCUGUGAACAACAAUAUCAGACCACGCAUCUCUGUGAUUCUUAUGGACGCUACAUUGCUCGCGUGUCCAUCAAGGGACCUAUUAAUGCUCAGCAGCUGCUGAAAGCUGGCAGCCGUCUAAAACAUUCCGUUUUGGAUCCUGAUGAGAGGCAUCCAUUUAUCUUGCCAUCGACGUCUCCGUUCACAGAUCUGGUCGUUGACAGUUACUACUAG